AUGGGUAACAGUUUAAGGUGUUGUUUGGCUUGUGUUCUUCCUUGUGGAGCUCUUGAUUUGAUCCGAAUCGUUCAUUUGAACGGCCACGUUGAAGAAAUUGCCCAUCCCAUCACCGCCGGCGAGGUUCUAAAAGCGAACCCAAAUCAUGUUCUUACUAAGCCUUCUUCACAAGGGGUUGUUCGUCGGAUUCUGAUUCUCUCGCCGGAAUCUGAGCUCAAAAGGGGCACUAUUUAUUUCGUGAUUCCGGCGACUUCUCUACCGGAGAAGAAACGAAACGCCGGAAGCAGCCUCAAAACUCCGUCUUCAAAGGCCAAAAACUGUACCGCCACCGGAGACAGUGAUUCUUACCUCUCUGAUGUUGUAUCCGACAAGAAACCGUCGCGGCGGGACCGCCGCGGUGCCCGGGUGGUCGUAUGGCGGCCCCGUUUGGAGAGCAUUUCUGAAGACUAA